UACGUGUUCACCUGCGUCAACCAGACCGCGGAGCAGCAGGAGCUGGAGGACGAGCAGCGGCGGCUAUGCGACAUCCAGCCCUUCCUGCCCGUCCUGCGCCUGGUGGCCCGCGAGGGUGACCGGGUGAAGAAGCUCAUCAACUCGCAGAUCAGCUUGCUGAUCGGCAAAGGCCUCCACGAGUUUGACUCCUUGCAAGACCCGGAGGUGAAUGACUUCCGAGCCAAGAUGCGCCAGUUCUGCGAGGAGGUGGCCGCGCACCGGCAGCAGCUGGGCUGGGAGGCCUGGCUGCAGUACAGCUUCCCCCUGCAGCUGGAGCCCUCAGCGCGGAGCUGGGGGCCGGGCACCCUGCGCGUCCCCAACCGGGCCCUGCUCGUCAACGUCAAGUUCGAGGGCAGCGAGGAGAGCUUCACCUUCCAGGUGUCCACCAAGGAUGUGCCCCUGGCACUGAUGGCCUGCGCACUCCGGAAGAAGGCCACGGUGUUCCGGCAGCCGCUGGUAGAGCAGCCCGAGGACUACACACUACAGGUGAACGGGAAGCACGAGUACCUGUACGGCAGCCACCCCCUCUGCCAGUUCCAGUACAUCUGCAGCUGCCUGCACAGCAGGCUGACCCCCCACCUGACCAUGGUGCACUCCUCUUCCAUCCUCGCCAUGCGGGACGAGCAGAGCAACCCCGCCCCCCAAGUCCAAAAGCCACGCGCCAAACCGCCCCCCAUUCCUCUGAAGAAGCCCGUCUCCGUGUCCCUGUGGUCCCUGGAACAGCCUUUCUGCAUCGAGCUGAUCCAGGGCAGCAAAGUGAAUGCCGAUGAGCGGAUGAAGCUGGUGGUGCAGGCCGGCCUCUUCCAUGGCAACGAGACGCUGUGCAAGACGGUGUCCAGCUCGGAGGUGAGCGUGUGCUCAGAGCCUGUGUGGAAGCAGCGGCUGGAGUUCGACAUCAGCAUCGGCGACCUACCGCGCAUGGCCCGCCUCUGCUUCGCGCUCUACGCCGUGAUCGAGAAGGCCAAGAAGGCUCGCUCCACCAAGAAGAAGUCCAAGAAGGCGGACUGCCCCAUCGCCUGGGCCAACCUCAUGCUGUUUGAUUACAAGAACCAGCUCAAGACCGGCGAGCGCUGCCUCUACAUGUGGCCCUCCGUCCCAGACGAGAAAGGGGAGCUACUGAACCCCUGUGGGACCGUGCGGAGUAACCCCAACACUGAGAGCGCAGCCGCCCUGGUCAUCUUUCUCCCUGAGGUGGCCCCCCACCCUAUAUACUACCCUGCCCUGGACAAGCAGCUACAGCUGCGGGAGAUCCUGGAGCGCCGGGGCUCCGGGGAGCUGUACGAGCACGAGAAGGACCUGGUGUGGAAGAUGCGGCACGAGAUCCAGGAGCACUUCCCCGAGGCGCUGGCCCGCUUGCUGCUGGUCACCAAGUGGAACAAGCACGAGGACGUGGCCCAGAUGCUCUACCUGCUGUGCUCCUGGCCCGAGCUGCCCGUCCUGAGCGCCCUGGAGCUGCUGGACUUCAGCUUCCCUGACCGCCACGUGGGCUCCUUUGCCAUCAAGUCCCUGCGGAAACUGACGGACGACGAGCUUUUCCAGUACCUGCUGCAGCUGGUGCAGGUGCUCAAGUACGAGUCCUACCUCGACUGCGAGCUGACCAAAUUCCUGCUGGACCGGGCCCUGGCCAAUCGCAAGAUCGGCCACUUCCUCUUCUGGCACCUGCGCUCCGAGAUGCACGUGCCCUCGGUGGCCCUGCGCUUUGGCCUCAUCAUGGAGGCCUACUGCAGGGGCAGCACCCAUCACAUGAAGGUGCUGAUGAAACAGGGGGAAGCGCUGAGCAAGCUGAAAGCCCUGAACGACGUCGUCAAAGUGAGCUCCCAGAAGACCACCAAGCCCCAGACCAAGGAGCUGAUGCACCUGUGCAUGCGCCAGGAGACCUACCUGGAGGCCCUCUCCCACCUGCAGUCCCCACUCGACCCCAGCACCCUGCUGGCUGAAGUCUGCGUGGAGCAGUGCACCUUCAUGGACUCCAAGAUGAAGCCCCUGUGGGUCAUGUACAGCAAUGAGGAGGCGGGCAGCGAUGGCACCGUGGGCAUCAUCUUUAAGAAUGGGGACGACCUCCGCCAGGACAUGCUGACCCUGCAGAUGAUCCAGCUGAUGGACGUUCUGUGGAAGCAGGAGGGCUUGGACCUGAGGAUGACCCCUUACGGCUGCCUCUCCACCGGGGACCACACAGGCCUCAUCGAGGUGGUGCUUCACUCAGACACCAUCGCCAACAUCCAGCUGAACAAGAGCAACAUGGCGGCCACGGCUGCCUUCAACAAGGAUGCUCUGCUCAACUGGCUCAAGUCCAAGAACCCUGGGGAGGCCCUGGAUCGAGCCAUUGAGGAGUUCACCCUCUCCUGCGCUGGCUACUGUGUGGCCACAUACGUGCUGGGCAUCGGCGAUCGGCACAGCGACAACAUCAUGAUCCGAGAGAACGGGCAGCUGUUCCACAUUGAUUUCGGCCACUUUCUGGGGAAUUUCAAGACCAAGUUUGGAAUCAACCGUGAGCGAGUCCCAUUCAUCCUCACCUAUGACUUUGUGCACGUGAUCCAGCAGGGGAAGACGAAUAAUAGUGAGAAAUUUGAAAGGUUCCGGGGCUACUGUGAAAGGGCCUACACCAUCCUGCGGCGCCACGGGCUGCUCUUUCUCCACCUCUUUGCUCUCAUGCGGGCGGCAGGCCUGCCUGAGCUCAGCUGCUCCAAAGACAUCCAGUACCUCAAGCUUCCAGUGGAGAAGGCCAAGCCGCCUGCCUUCGGGGCCAAGACCUCCGGGCUCAAGUUGGCAUCUUAUUUUGAGGAUGGGGCGGGGCGGGGGCCGCCUUGGUUGGGGUCGGAACGAAGAGCUCUUCCCGGGGGAGGUGCUGGGUGGCGCCCUCCUGGCUCCCUUGGUGCAGUUCUCUUAGGAGGGAGCGUUACCUGCCCAGAGAGGGUGGAGGUGCAGGGAGACGGGGCUCCCUGCUGAGCAGGGCCCAGGCCC